ACUCUGUAGACUCCGCCCACCCAUCCCUCCUCUCAGGCAGACGCCGGACUGGCGAAGCAGCGCACCCGGCUAUUGGCCGACACAGACUGAGAGACACCCAGAGAGCCGGAGACCUCGGGAGUACAUGAAGCCGACUGCCAACCUCAGGCACUUUACCAAACAAAGUCGGUCUACGUGAGUUUACAAUGACUACAUCAGAGUCCUUGGAUCGAAUGGAGCUCUGUGAAAGCCUUUUGACAUGGAUUCAGACAUUUGGAGUGGAGGCUCCAUGCAAGACAGUAGAAGACCUGACGAGCGGCAUCGUCAUGGCUCAAGCACUACAGAAAAUAGAUUUAGUUUAUUUCAAUGAUGCUUGGAUUAGUAGAGUCAAGCCAGAGGUCGGGGACAACUGGAGGCUAAAGAUCAGCAAUCUAAAGAAAGUCUUAAAAGGCAUCCUCGACUAUAAUCAGGAGGUCCUGGGCCAGCACAUCAACGACUUCACAUUACCAGACGUGAACCUUAUCGGAGAGCACUCGGAUGCAGCAGAGUUAGGGAGGAUGCUGCAACUUCUCCUGGGCUGUGCUGUCAACUGUGAACAGAAACAAGAAUACAUCCAGACCAUAAUGAUGAUGGAGGAGUCUGUGCAGCAUGUUGUCAUGACAGCCAUCCAAGAGCUGAUGAGUAAAGAGACUCCAGUGUUGGGAGGACCUGACUCAUAUGCCGAUCUUGACAGACAGCUGAAGAAGACGGCAGAGGAGCUGAACGAUGCUUUGGCUACCAAGGAAGAGAUCGCCCAGAGGUGUCGUGAGCUUGACAUGCAGGUGGCAGCUCUGCAAGAGGAGAAAAGCAGUUUGUUAGCAGAAAACCAGGUCUUGAUGGAGAGACUCAACCAGUCUGACUCCAUAGAGGAUAUAAACAGCCCCGCUGGACGCAGACACCUCCAGCUGCAGACACAGCUGGAGCAACUACAGGAGGAAACGUUCAGGUUGGAGGCUGCAAAAGAUGACUACAGGAUCCGUUGUGAGGAGCUUGAUAAAGAACUCUUGGAUGUGAAAUCACAGAAUGAAGAGCUGACGUCCCUCGCUGAUGAAGCCCAGUCUCUUAAGGACGAGAUGGAUGUCCUUAGGCAUUCAUCCGACAAAGUGUCAAAGCUGGAGGGAACGGUGGAACACUACAAGAAGAAACUGGAGGAUAUGGGCCUACUCAGGAGACAGAACAAACUGAUGGAGGAGAAGAACACAAUGUUAAUGCAGACCAACGUCGGUUUGGAAGAAGAGCUACGAAAGGCGAAUGCUGCCAAGGGCCAGCUGGAGACAUACAAGAGACAGGUGGUGGAACUUCAGAACCGACUGUCAGAGGAAUCUAAAAAGGCUGACAAGAUGGAGUUUGAGUACAAACGGGUCAAAGAGAAAGUGGAUUCUCUACAAAAAGAAAAAGAUCGCAUGCGGACGGAGAGAGACUCUCUGAAGGAGACAAUUGAGGAGUUGCAUUGUGUGCAGGCUCAGGAGGGACGGCUCACAUCAGGUUUGUUCCCAUUGACCAGUAACGAUGGCUCUGAUUCGCUGGCUGCAGAGAUCACCACUCCAGAGAUUAGGGAGCAUCUGAUCCGUCUUCAACAUGAGAACAAGAUGCUGAAGUUGGCCCAGGAGGGAUCAGACAAUGAAAAGAUUGCUCUGUUGCAGAGUCUCCUGGAGGACGCCAACAGGAGAAAGAAUGAACUGGAGACAGAGAACAGGUUAAUAAAUCAGCGCCUGAUGGAGGAGCAGGGUCAGGUGGAGGAGCUACAAAAGAAUCUCCAAGAACAGGAUUCGAAAGCAGAUGAUUCCUCCAUCCUGAAGAAGAAAUACGAGGAGCACAUGGAGAAAGUACGAGAGCUGAACAACGAGUUGCUGAAGAAGAACUCCUUCAUCGAUGAAAUGGAGCCGAAAUAUAACGCCAGCUCCCAACGAGUGGAUGAGCUGGAGGAUGCAUUGAAGAAGAAAGACGAUGACAUGAAACAGAUGGAGGAGAGGUACAAGAAAUACCUGGAAAAAGCCAAAAGUGUCAUUCGGACCCUGGAUCCUAAGCAGAACCAGGGUUCAGGUCCUGAGGUCCAGGCCCUGAAGAACCAGCUACAGGAGAAGGAGAGGAUGUUACACUCAUUGGAGAAAGAGAUGGACAAGACAAAAGGCCAGAGAGAUUACGAGGAGAAGCUGAUCGUGUCAGCCUGGUACAAUAUGGGUAUGUCUCUGCAGAAGAAGGCGGCUGAAGACAGACUCGCAAACACCGGUUCUGGUCAGUCCUUCUUGGCCCGGCAGAGACAAGCCACCAGCACACGCCGCUCCUACCCAGGCCAUGUCCAGCCAGCUACCGCCAGCAAUGUCACUGCAUGACUGGCCCACCAAUGAGCUGGCCUGGCCUGUCUUUGGCCUAUGCUGGUUUCACCAUGCAUGAACUACCUGCCUGCCUACUGUUUGCAUGACUUUGCAUUGACUCAAGCCUGCGAAUAACCAGCACAGCAGCAGGACCAUGAGCACUAACAACCCUCUGCAGUGUCAUGCAUCGUAACCUAAAGAUAAGCCUUGAGGUGGUGUCGGUGUGGAGAGAGAAUCGCCUCACCCUCCUUUCUUUAAUUAAACUCUCUUUCACCUUUCCAGCUCUGCACUCCACAUUCUCUCCUGCUCUUUGUUAUCCUCUCCAUUCUCCCACGUUCCUCCCCUCUAUCCCCCCUUCACCUCACUCCUCAUGGACAUGCCUGCUUGUGCUUCCCCACGUUAAGCCUGCUACAAUUCAUCUAUUUGUUACAACCCUCUGCGACAGGAGCAGGUUACGACAAAUGAGUCUGUUGAUGCAGCAGUUUUUAAUAAACAGGCCUUUUGUCCUGUACUUGUGUUAGACUAAACGUAUACCGGCUGCUUUGGGAUACCUCAAUGAUAUAUUUUCACAGGUUUCAUUUUUGAUGACAUGGUUUGAGGAGAGUUGACACAAGUGUGAGUGAAAUGUUUGAGAGGUGUUGCCUGCCGAUCAGCGUGCAUAAAAAAAAGGAGUCAGCCCCCCUUCAGACUUCUAGGUGUCGUGGUUCUGCUCGGCCUCUCCUCAACGUGUCACUAGAGGGCAUGUCAGAAGUGGAUUUACCUCAAGUGUUAGAGAGUUCAACAAGUUUUGGUCUAAAGGAAGUGCUUACUGGGCAUUGAUGUGAUGCCCUCCUUGCUUUUGGACAGAUUGCAGUACAAACAUAGGAUGUGCAAAAAAAGUCAGUGUUUUUAAAUGAAUUAAACUGUUACAGAUAUGCUUUCACACAGGGAGAAAGAACCCACGUUAAGCCUACUUAAUUCCUCUUGGUGGCAGAUAAUCUGCUGUGUUAAAGUAAGGAACUAGUACAGAAAAAAUACUCAUUUGAUUAAAAAAAAAGAGAGAGUGAACUGAUAGUUUUACCUAGAUAUGAAACUGUGCAUUAACUUGUGUACGCUAAUGCACACUACAUCAGUUCGGUUGGAUAAAAAGCAGUAACCAGUUUAAAAUGUGAAGAAAGCAAAACAAUCCCAUAUAAUCCUGUUGAUCACAGAUCAAACCUCUACUGUAUUAAUGGUAGCCAGUAACCUUCUAUCAUAUUAACAUGUAAUUCCCAGUGUUUAUUUAAAGAGAUAACUAAAUCAUCUAAUGUUUGUGCCUUUCUUUGAGAAAAAAAAUAUAACAAAGCUCUUUCUAAAUACCAGCUUUAUUGUGUUAUCUGAAAAGAUAAGGAAAGGAAAAAAAAGCCUAAAAUGAGCUCUGAUCUCAUCCACAUGACUGAUAUCUUGGUAAACAGACUGUAAUGUUCAGAGGAAGUAGGCUUGAUGAGGGGUUUUCUCCUCUGUUUAACCCAUUUUACUCACAAUUGUUCUACUAUGUAACCCUAUUUUAACUCAUGCCGUGCAUUUUAAUCUUGAACGCUUAUUUAUUCUGUUGCCGCUUGUACAGCAGUGUUGUUACAUUUUUUUAUUUUACUAGUAUUAUGAUAUCACCACUUCUACUGUUACAAUGGAUGUUUAGUUUCCUUCUGACAUCAUACUACUGUUCAAUACUUGUCUUAUGCAACAGAAGUAGGAGACAUCUGCAUGGAAUAAAAGGACACAACCUUUGUUAUUUUAACAGUGUCAGCUCAGACGAGUUAGAACCAGUGCAAGGUAACAUUUACCUCCAGACUUUUUCAGGAAGUUUCUUAGAAAGUUACCCAGCUAAGUAACUUUGUCACAUAAGAGAUUUUUAUAUUUUCUUAUUGACAGAAAAGAGCACAUGCAACACUUUCAUUUUAUCCAACUGUGGGUGAAAAUACUGUGACCCUUUAAAUGAUCAAAUUCUACAGCGCUUCAGUGACAGAAAUAAAGACUGGGGCAAGUUUAGGAAGAAAAGCCUCACUAGCUGUUGGGUAUACAAGUGUAAUUCCAUUACAGUGAAGUCAGCAUGCAUGUGUGAUUCAAUUAGGACAAAUUCAGAUUCAAUGUCUGAGUAUCAAAUAUCAUCUCCAGAACUGAGCGGUAAAAACUUAAGUUUGAAAUUGUGCAAUACUUAAAUUCAGUGACGAAUUUAAAGGGGACAAGUUCUGUCCAGUUCCCUCCUCUUUCCUGUCCAAGUAAACCAGUUGUCAUUUAACUCAACAGAUAUAUAACACAGAGCUCUUUCAACCAUCCGUCCCCAUUAGUCAGUGAUUUGGUAGAAAUCUGUAUAUAAUGGAACACAAAUACAAUUUGGUUGACCUGUUUAAAUCUAUAUCAGGGAUGUUUGGAAACAUUGUUUUGUCUUAUUUUGUUGUCCCCAACAAGUCAGUCACUGUGUUCUGUUGCCAACACAUGUCUGUGUAAACACUUAAUGUGACUGGCCACCAUUGAGAUACUGGGGAAAACGAUGAUGGUAGCAUUACAGUUUGCUAAGUAGAAUGCUGUAAGCUAUAACCUCAAAUAUCCUCUUAAUAUCCUUGAGAGCGAAAUACUGAAUGAGUAUUGCUUUAAGUGUUACAAACAAUUGGUCACUACGUGAUGCAUUACUUACAUGACUCAACAAAAACAAAUUCACAGUGUUCCCUAUCGUUACUGAUAAUUGCACUGUGGGCCAGUUAAAGUGUAUUAAAGAGAUGAAAAAAACAACAGUAGGCUGUGGACAGGUCAGAUCCAUCACUACGCGUGCAGCGUUUGCUGUGGGUUUUUUUUUUUACUCGAUAGCAAAACUCUUUACAUAUUUGAAGUAGCAAAUAACCUUCCAUUUGCCAAGUUUUAUAUUGCUUGUAUACAAACACAUGAUGUAUAUACUGUACGUGACAGUGCUAGAGGAGGUGUCAGGUCAUUAAGAAUGAGAAAAUGAAACAUGUCUAGUUAGAUGGAUUUCAUAUAAUAUCUGUCCGAAGAGGACCUAGUGAUGAACAUGUGCUUCCUACACUGCAAAACUUGGAAAUGACAUUGUAAAUAAAGCUUGUAUAAAACAG